AUGAAAAAAGAGGACAUGGAGGAGAUACAAGCGAUUUAUGCAAAGUAUGGAGAGGUUUUUGGUCUGAAGAGCAUUGGAGAUGGAAGUCUGAGUAUGCCGAGAUGCAUUAUUGAGAUGCAAGGCGCUGUGUUUGGGUAUCCUGAAGUCAAGAACGUACAGUUUCUAGUAGACGAGUGUAUAAACCAGGCAAUAAGUGAUAUUAGAAGUCUUCAAGGCCAAGGUGAGAGUGAAGUGCGCAGGACUGCUGAAUGGACAUCGAUAGCAAAGAAUGUCAAGAAAAUCCACUCUGCAAUAGAGAAGCACGACUCUGUACAGAUUGCACAAUGCCGCAAAAUCAGCACAAUAUGUGCCAGAGAGUUGAGAAGAGGGCUUUCUAAAACAUCGAAAACAAACCCGGCUCUUAAGUCAAAGAAGAUAUUCAGGGAGCUAUCAGGUCAUAUAAAGAAGACAGAAAAGAACAUCAAGGAUAAAACGAAGAAGGCCGAGAAAGCAGAGCUUGAGAGGAAGAAGAAGGAAAUGGAAGAGAAGGAAGAGCAGAGGCAGAAGCGAAAGUUUGAGUAUUUGCUGAGCCAGACAGAAAUAUUUUCCCACUUUAUUCUUAAGAAGAACAAAUGCAAUGAUACUGCAGACAAUGAAAGCAUUGAGGAAUACAAGGAUAUGCGUGGAUACGAUGCAGCAAUUCUUCAAAAGGAGAAGUUAAAAGAAUUUGAUUUGGACAUACCAUCUAAGAAGUAUAAGGAUGCAAAUGCGGAGGAGGAGACGAGGUAUGUAUCUCAGCCAAGUAUUUUACUAUGCAAGUUAAAGGACUACCAGAUUAAGGGAUUAAACUGGUUAGUAAGCUUAUAUGACAAGGGAAUCAAUGGGAUUUUAGCCGAUGACAUGGGACUUGGAAAGACUGUGCAAUCGAUCUCUCUGCUUGCAUACUUAUAUGAAACGGAAGGAAUAUCAGGGCCUUUUCUAGUGGUUACGAUUUCAUCUACUCUUGAUAACUGGGCACAGGAGUUUGCAAAGUUUUUGCCAAAGUUCAAGAUAUGCAGGUUUUCAGGAUCACCAGGUGAUAGGAAGGAGUUGAAGAAGCGAUUUAAGGACUCUGAUGUAGUGAUUACGACGUAUCAGACAGCAGUGAGUGACGAGAGGAUGUUAAGGAAGAUCAAGUGGCAGUACAUGAUUCUUGAUGAGGCACAGGCAAUCAAGAGCAGCUCAUCAAGAAGAUGGAAAGUACUUUUGGGAUUCAAGGCACGAAACAGACUCUUAUUGACAGGAACACCUAUACAGAACUCAAUGCAGGAGUUAUGGGCACUUUUACAUUUUAUAAUGCCGACUCUCUUUGACUCUCUGAGUGAGUUCAGCGAUUGGUUUAGCAAGGAUAUUGAGGCAUCUGCAACAUUGAGAAAGAGUGUUGAUGAAAAAUCACUACAGAGACUUCAUGCUAUUUUGAAACCUUUUAUGCUUAGAAGACACAAAUCUGAUGUAAUGCAUGAACUAGGGCAGAAGACACAGAUUGAUUUACAGUGUGAGUUGAGCUACCGACAGAAGGAGCUAUAUAAGGAGAUCACACGUUCAUGCAAUAGCAUGGAAAUGGAGAACCUGCUAAUGCAGUUAAAGAAGGUGUGCAAUCAUCCUGAUCUUUUUAAGAAGUUAGAGCCCACGUGUGGAUUGAGUCUUGAGAUGAGCGAUGGAAUAGGCAAUGCUGUUGUUUUUGGAAGGAGCAAGAUCAAUAUCAAUGUUCCGAGCCUUAUAGCAAAUGAUGUUAUUGAGAUGUGCUAUAGAAAGGAAGUGGAAUUAAUGAAUAAGAUUGAGAGGAUAAGAAUGCUUGCUAAGACAGGAGGAAGUGAAAGUUGGUACAUAUGUAGGAGCUUGGACUAUAUGUACAAAGGAGAUGUGCUUAUGAGUGUUGAUGAUGUUCUGAAUAGUAUAUUAAAGAAGAAUGAAUGUACUGAUAAGGUAGCGAUUGAAAAUGAGAUAUCGAAGUUGAUUGAUGAGGAAAUAUUCAGUAUGAAAAGAUACAUCUGUUGUAUAAGUCCAGUGAUUGCAACUGCACCAAGACUUGUUUCUAACAGGGCGCUUCUUCCCCAACUUGAUGUACAUGGACUGUAUGUGCAAUUAGAUAUGACUGUAUACAUGCCACCUUUGAAUACAUUUAUCAGUGACAGCGGAAAGCUUGUUGUUCUUGAUGAGUUGCUGCCGAAGUUGAAAUCUGAGGGACAUAGAGUGUUGAUUUACUUCCAGAUGACUAGGAUGAUAGACUUGAUAGAAGACUAUCUUGUGAAGAAGGGAUACAGCUACCUGAGACUUGAUGGUAGUUUAAAAGCGUCUAGCCGUGCCGAGGUGAUCAAAGAUUGGCAAACAAAUGACAGGUUUAUAUUUUUGCUAAGUACUCGUGCAGGAGGAUUGGGAAUUAACCUGACGGCCGCAGAUACUGUUAUAUUCUACGACAGCGAUUGGAAUCCAACUGCUGACCAACAAGCGAUGGACAGGGCGCAUAGACUAGGCCAGACACGAGAUGUUACGGUGUAUCGGCUUAUUACAAAAGGAACUGUUGAAGAAAGAGUGCUUGAGAGUGCGAAUAGAAAAGACGAGAUACAGAAGAUGGUAAUACAUGGAAAUGUAUUUGAAGGCGAAAAUUUUUGA